ACUAAUUUAGAUGUAAAGGGCUGUGUUUUUCCUCUAUCCUAAAUUUUCUUUUUUGUGUUUUGUCUUGAUUCUUGAUGAAUUUAAUAACGACCCAAUUAUUGACUGCUUUGAAAUGGGUUGAUUAAUCCAAGUUUUUUUUUUUUUUGCUACAAAAUCUCAUCUGGGUCUUCCUUUUCUUGGUCAUUUUUGCUCUCUUUUCUUUAGCUUUUGACCUUUUUGAAUUCCUCAUUAAAAGCUCAAAUUUUUAACGUAGCUGAAUGGUGCUAUCAAAAUGCGUUGAUUAUUCAAGCUUUUUAUCUCAUCUGGGUCUUGCUUUUCUUGGUUAGUGUUGCUCUCUUUCAUUAUCUUUUUUUUUUUUGUUAACAUUUUGGCUUUGAUUUGUUCCUCUAUAGAAGCUCAAAUUUUGUUGGUUGUUGAUGGUAUUGAUUUUAUGUAGCCAUUUGAUUUUGAAUUUUGAUCUUUUUGAUGAACUAUCAAUUUCAUUUUGCUUUUCUGGGAAGUUUUUGCUGUUAUGGAAUUGUUUGAAAAUAUGAGAAUUUGAGGAAAAAGUGAGGAAAAGGGAAAUAUUUUGGGCAAAGAUUCAAUCUUUUCUCCUUCAGACAACUAAUAAAGUAAAAAGGUUUGGGUCUUGGAAUGUUUGUCUUGGUCUGUGUCUACAAAGUUCGAUUUCAGAAAAGAAAAAAAAAUUUUUUUUUUUUUUUUCUGUUUCUCAUGUUUGUGGGAUUUGGCCUAAAUUCUAUGUUUUUUCAUUUCUGUCCCAUCAAAAGUUUGUGAACAAUGUGUUGUCCAGGAGAACUUCUUGUGUAGGAAAUUGUUUUUGAGAUUCAUGGGUUGAGCCGUGGAAUCAGCUACUAAUGCUUGCAUCAGAGUGGUUUGCCUAUGUCAGGGGUGCAGCCCUUCCCCAAACGCUGCGUGAAUGUUGGAUGCUUUAUGCACCUGGCUGCGCUUUUUAACAUUCUUGACUAGGAUAUAUAUUUGUUCGCAAGCUUUGCAGUUUAAUACAUGGCUCCCGGAGGCAGCAGUUACCAGGAUAUUGGUGAUUCCCAUAACGCGUAUGCUGAUUAUGGUAUUGCACCCGAAAAUGCUGAACCCAAAAGCUCCCCUUUUAGAAAAUCCACAGCUGUUAAUAUUAUUGGUGGGAAUCAUGGAACAAGAUCUAAUACAGCUGUCCAUGAACUACUCGAAUGUCCUAUUUGUAUGAAUCUAAUGUACCCUCCAAUUCAUCAGUGUCCAAACGGUCAUACGUUAUGCCUGAAGUGCAAGACAAAAGUCCAUGUAUGCCCAAUUUGCCGCCAUGAGCUUGGAAACAUAAGAUGUCUAGCAUUGGAGAAAAUUGCAGAGUCACUGGAAUUGCCAUGCCGAUACCAAAUCUUUGGCUGUCAAGAUAUAUUCGCUUAUCAUAGUAGGCUUCGGCAUGAGCAGAACUGCAGGUUUCGUCCAUACAACUGCCCUUAUGCGGGAUCUGAAUGCACUGUUACUGGUGAUAUUCAAUCCCUUGUUGCACACCUCAAAAAUGAUCACAAGGUUGAUAUGCACGACGGCUGUACCUUCAACCAUCGUUAUGUCAAAGCUAAUCCUCAAGAUGUUGAGAAUGCUACGUGGAUGUUGACUGUAUUCAACUGUUUUGGUCACCAGUUCUGCUUGCACUUUGAGGCUUUCAAUGUCGGAGUGGCACCAGUAUACAUGGCAUUCCUUCGUUUUAUGGGUGAUGAUGACGAUGCAAAAAAAUUUAGUUAUAGUCUUGAAGUAGGUGGAUUUGGCAGAAAGUUAAUAUGGCAAGGAGUUCCUAGGAGCAUCCGUGAUAGUCAUAAAACUGUCCGAGACAGUUUAGACGGGCUGCUCAUUCAAAGGAGCAUGGCACUCUUCUUCUCUGGUGGUGACAGAAAGGAGCUAAAGCUUAAGGUGGCCGGGCGCAUUUGGAGAGAACCAUUGUAAAGUAGAAAUACGGUCUUCUUCCUCAGAGUUAGCAUCAAUUUCACGCCGUGUCAUCAAAUAGCUCAGUAGAUUUCGUCUCAGAGGCCACGAGUAUUGUUAGUUAUCCCUGAUUAGCUGGUGGUUUAUUUUUUGUAUUUCUUGUAAAAAUAUAAAGGUUGUAGAUGGUUAUAUAUAGGUUCAGGUUUUUAGCUCAAUCAAUUUCUGUUGAAUGUAGUCAGCUUCAACUGUUGGGCAUGCAUUCUGUCAAUGCUGGUUGUAUAUCAUAUAUUAUGAGGCAUUUAGGUUUUUUGACAAUCAAUGUAAUCAGAAUCAAGUGACUUAUAUAGAACAUUGUUUAUCUAUAUAUAAUCUUUUAUUUCU